UGUAAUAGAUUUAUGAAGCAUUAUGUUAAAAUCAAAGUUGUAGCAACAAAGUGCAGCUAAAUAUUUUUCCAGCACCAUUAUCUUCACUGCAAACAUAUUUCUGAUUUAUUAGAAAUUAUAAAAAUUUAAAUGCUACUGAUAAAAACUUACUUUAGGGAUGCUUCAGUUAGCAUUAAUUUUUUUUUGUUUAUGGUCAAAGGUUUUUGUCUCCUGAUGAACCAGAUAUGGACCUCUCCACUUCAUCCAAAACAUUUUCAAAAUAACUCAUGCCAUUUGCCUCUUUUGAGACUAAGAUCUAAUAUCAAAAUGAACAGCUGUUGAUAUUAAAUAUGUGUAUUACUAAAUAUUAAACAUAUUUAGGUGUAUUUUUUUUAAAACUUCUUUUAUACACAAGGAUAUAGAAAUAGAGCAACAACAGCAGCAACAUUUUCUGGCCAAACAUAGACCUAUAAAAUCAUUUCCCCAGUCGCGCAUGCGCAGAGAAAAACUUGUCAAAGCUCUGUUCCUGUUUUCAUCUGGGGGAGAGGAUAAAAAUACACAUGAUUCAGUUAUUUUGUUAUUUUUGUUAAUCUACGGUUAAGUUAAGACACUACUGCGCCAGAAUAAAUACAUCUAUAAAUAACCCAGAAUCGAGCAUCUGGGAUCGACUUUUCCGGUCUUAGCUUUGACGGUUCAUGUUGCCCAGCAAUGGCCGAGAGUCAGACUUCUUCCCAGCCCUCCUCCACCGCCACAGACAGAGCCAGCUGCGGGCCAGCGGACGGUUACAACGACAAGUGCGUCUUCUGCAGGAUUGCAAACAAUGAAAUGGACACAGAGCUCCUCCACAGAGAUGAAGAUAUUUGCUGUUUCAGGGACAUUAAACCCGGAGCUCCACAUCAUUACCUGGUUGUCCCAAUCAAACAUGUUGGAAACUGUAAAUCACUCAACAUACAACACGUGCCUUUAGUGAAGCAAAUGGUUGACAUCGGGAAGGCUGUUUUGCAAAAACACAACGUGACCGAUCUCACUGAUGUCAGGUUCGGCUUCCAUUGGCCACCGUUCUGCUCCGUCACACAUUUACACCUUCAUGUUCUGGCACCAGUCAGUCAGAUGGGCUUCAUGUCGCGCCUCAUCUACAGACUCAACUCCUAUUGGUUUGUCACGGCAGAUCAGCUGAUUCAGCUUCUCAACUCUAAAGUAGAGACACAUUGAACUCUGGAUCCUUUCUGUCCUUCAGUAAAUUUUAAACAAGUGGCGUCAAUUGCCCUUCCUAUGUUUUAUGCUGCCAUGUUGGCGGAAACGUGAUCCGAUUGUUCUUUCUUGUUUGGAAAAAGUUAAGGACAGUGUUUUAUUUUAAACGCGUGUGAUGCCCUGUAGGACAAGUAUUUCUUGGUUUCUUCACAAAGUGCCAGAAAGAUGCCGCAGGACGAGUGGGGUAUCAAAGCUCUCUAUUAACCUGUCAUCUUAGAGAGAACCAUUGGCUAUGGACCAAUUAGCUUUUUUCUGAUUUGAUCAAAACUGAAAGAUGAUUUGAUUUUAAAAUGCAAUGGUAGAACAAAAAUAAUCAUCAAUAGAAUCUGUGUGGUUUUCUGUCAUUUCAGAAUACCUGCAUUGUGAAGCUGAGGUUAUGCAUGUGAACAAAAAUGUAUUAAAUUUAUCCACUGAAUAUAUGAGCUGUGCUGCCUGUUUUACAUGUGUAAUCCUCAAAAUAUUGCUCUGAUUAUUCAGGUACUGUACAACAUGAUCAGUUAAUGCACUGGAUAUACUUAAAAUGAUUACAAUGUGUAAAAAGAAAUGUCAAUAUACUGUAUAUUGCUUACAGGCGGUAUGUGCGAAAGGUGUACAUUAAUACUGACUACCAGUUUGUGAAAGUCUGCUUUACCUCAAACAAAAGCAUAUUUACAGAAUACACAUAAUUCAAAAUAGAAAAGCACCAACACUAAUUUUAUGGCAGACUUGUUUUUUUUUUGUAAGUGUGUGAUUCUAUCCAGCUGAUAGAAUCAGUUUUGAAGCAUUUGAAUUCAGAAGCCAUCCAUGUUUAAUCAGUUUUAUCAAAUGUCAGGGUAUUGUCAUCCUUUAUUACUUUGUAUGAACUGAAGGUAAAUGUGAGGGCACAAGAGCAUGUUUUGUACAACCAAUAUGCACUUUUGAUCAUUAAUUCAGAAUAAACAAUGUUGCUUCUAA